AUGGCCCAUUUCACGAACAUUCUUCUAAACCAGUUCGCUCAUAGAGGAACUAGGAGUGCAGUUAUAAAUGUUUCCAGUAAGUAUCCUUUGUGUGGGGCAACUGUUUAUAGUGCUACGAAAUGUUAUAAUUAUGGAUUUUCAAUGGCUAUGGCGCAUGAGUAUAAAGAUAUUGCAGAUGUAUUAACAUUGUGUCCUGGGAGGGUCAAGACUAAUAUGAAUAUUAAUGAGAAAAUUGGCUUUUUUUGCCCUCUUCCUGAUAAAGUAGCUGAAGGCGCACUUAGGGAUUUAGGCACAAGAAAAUUAUCAUAUGGGGCUCCAGGUCAUGAGCUAAUUGGAUGAGGUCUUGGGUUUUUGCCAGAGAACUUAAGAAUAGACCUUUCAGGGUUUUUGAUUAAAAAAGGUGUUUUUCAUCAAUAA